AUGCCUUCGCCCCCAACCUCGCGGUUCGCCUCCGCCUCGCGCGACGCCUCGCCGUCGCCGUCGCAGCUCCCGCCGGUGCCCUCGUCGCCCGUCUACUCGGUCGCCUCGACCGCCAACCCCCCCCUGUCGCACUUCAACCUGCCCGCGCCGCCGACCCCGCGGCUCCCGCACGCCGUCCUCACCAAGCCCGACCUGGAGGCCUCGCAGCAGGCGUACGCGGCCCUCGUCGCGUCCGCCAAGUCGUACCGCGUGGCGCUGGCCGCCCUCUCCACCGCCGCCUCGGCCUUUGGCGCCGCCCUCGAGGCGUGCGCCCGCCUCAAGGAGUCGCGCGCCGAGCCCAUCACCGCCGUGCCCCACGCCGGCCCCGGCGGCGGCGGCGGCAGCAUGACGGCGUCCUUUGCCGUGCCGCCGCCGCCGCCGCCGCCGCCGCCGCGCGCGCCCUCGUGCACCGCCGACACCCUGCUGGCCGCGUCGGGCGUGCACCACCUCGUCGCCAACCACCACCAGAUCCUGUCCGAGACCGUCUACCGCUCCUUCGAGGUGCCCCUGCUGCACGACCUGGACCGCUGGCGCGCCCUCAUCGACGACGAGGAGGACACGUACCAGCACCGCAUGCGCGCCCAGAGCAGGGAGGUCAAGCGCCUCGAGAAGGAGGGCCUCAAGCUGCACAAGCAGCGCCGCCGGGACGUCGCCCGCUUCCGCGCCCACCUCGUCGACCUGACCCGCAAGCUGGACGGCCUGACCACCCUGCACGCCGACCACUCGCGCGCCCUGCUGCGCGAGUCGCAGGACACGAGCGCCAGGAUCGUCGACGCCAGCUGCAGCCUGGUGCGCGCCGAGAUCGACAUCUUUGAGAGCCUGGCGCGCAAGGGCUGGACCGGCGGCGGGCUCGACGACCUGCUGGAGAAGGGGCAGGACCUCUUUGCCGCCGCCGCCGCCGACAUGCACGCCGGCGGCGAAUCCUCCGCCAAGCUCUUCUCCAUCCUGCCCCCCCGGAGCAUCCUCGCCGACUCGGCCUCCGAGGUGGCCAGGAGCGUCGCCCACGCCAGGGGCGACAGCCUGCUCAGCGACCCGGACCGAUACCAGUCCCUCGCGGCGCUGGCCUCGGAGCCCGGCAAGCACAACGGCGCCGACGCCGACAGCGUCCUCUCGGCCGACUUCAACAGGCCGCGCGGCGCGAGGCCCUUUUCCCCGCAGCCCAUCCGGAGGGUCCCCGCCGACGUGACGUUUGAGUCGCUGAGCGCAAUCGGCGCGGGCGGCGGCGGGGACGACGACGACGACAACGACGACACUCCCGCGCCGCAGAGGGAGCCGCAAGACGAGCAGCCCGACGAGGACGAAGCCCGAGGGAGAAGGACGACGCCGUCGCCGUCGCCGUCGCCGUCGCCGCGUACGCCGCGUGGGCAAGACUUGGACGACGACCAGGCGAGCUGGGCUGACGGGCAUGGCCGUCUCACUGCAUCGGCGUUGAGUUGA